CCGUGAGAGGGAGCAGUGAGUCUGAGCGCAGCGGGCUCAGUCCUCAGGUCAGGACCCCACCACCGAACCAUGCCGAGCAAAAGCCAGCGUCUGCGCCCGCGGCUGUGCACGCUGGAGAAGGGGGACAACGGCUACGGCUUCCACCUGCACGGGGAGAAAGGCAAGACGGGGCAGUUCGUCCGGCUGGUGGAGCCCGACAGCCCGGCGGAGGCGUCCGGGCUCCACGCCGGAGACCGGCUGGUGUUCGUCAACCGGGAGGACGUGGAGAACGAGAGCCACCAGCAGGUCGUGUCCCGGAUACGAGCCACCGUGGGCCGCCUGGAGCUGGUGGUGGUGGACCCGGACACCGAGCAGCUGCUGAAGAGACACAACGUCAAGUGUCUGAGGGAGUAUGUGUCCGACGGUGUCCCGCUGCCCUUCGAGGAGGAGGAGGAAGAGGGGGAGGAGGAGGAGGAGGAGAGGGUGGACGGGACGGUUAACGGGGAUGAGGUGAUGGAGGAGAAGGUGAUGGAGGAGGAGGUGAUGGAGGAGGAGGUGAAGGAGGAGGUGGUGGAGGAGGAGGAGGAGGAGGAGGAGGAGGAGGAGGAGCGCGUGGGGACACCGAGAGACUCCACGCCAGUCCCGGACAGGAACGGGGAAAUCUACGCGCGCGUCGAGAAGAAGCUGAGCGUCGAGUCUGAGAAGGAGGCGCCGUGCCCGGAGCUGAGGCCCCGUCUCUGCGUGAUCCAGCGAGGGCCCAACGGAUUUGGCUUCAACCUGCACAGCCAGCGGGCGCGGCCGGGCCAGUACAUCCGAGCGGUGGACGAGGCCUCUCCGGCAGAGAGGGCGGGUCUGCUGUCCCAGGACAGGAUAGUGCAGGUGAACGGCCAGGCGGUAGAAGGGAAGACGCAUUCGGAUGUCGUGGCCGCCAUUAAAGCCGGCGGGCCGGAGGUCCGUCUGCUGGUGGUGGACCCCGACACGGACGCCUUCUUCAAGAGGUGCCGAGUGGCCCCCGACGCGGACCACCUCUCUGGUGCUCUGCCUGAGCCGGUCCUUAAUGGAGAAAUGGAGGAGAAGGUGAACGGCCGAGGGGCCAAAGAGGCAGCGAGGGACUCCACGCUGUCAGUCAGCCCUUCUCCAUCUAACACCUCGUCCAACACCUCGCUCAUAGCCCAGCCCACUGACACCCCACCGGAGGGUUUCAUGGCGGACGCCAUCCCGGCGCUCAACCUGUCCCUGCAGCAGGUGAAGGAGCUGGCGCACCAGAAGCGCUCCAACAAGAGGGCGCCGCCGAUGGACUGGACCAAGAAGAACGAGCUGUUCAGCAACCUAUAGGAGAGACACUCACACGCAUCGCCCCAGUUAACUGUUGGCAUCAGACAAAUCAAAGGCGUUCCGUAAAGUGUAGUGUUCUUGCUUAUUACUCUUCAUGCCAUUAUAUAAUCCAGAUAUUAUAUAUAUAUAUAUUUAUAUAUAUAUAUGCAUAAUAAUAUGUAGAAUGUGAUACUAACAAUAAGAGAUGCAUAUGCCAAUGAAAGAGAACUGGACCAUGUUGAAAAUGUGUGUGUGUGUGUGUGUGUGUGUGUGUGUGGACCCUGACAGUCCCUGCUGGCCGGUGUCUGUGGAAACAAGGAGGAGUUGAUGGUUGUUUUUUCAUUUGCUGACCUUCCUCCUACUCCUCCUCCUCCUCCGUCCGCGUAUCGGUCUGUUAAAGGUUUCUAACAUUUCAAACAUCAUAUUAUUAGUUAAACCAGCGCGACAAUCACUUCGUUAGUUUGUUGGUUGGAACGUCUGUCUGAACACUAAAUGUUUUAUUGUAGAAUGAGGUUCACAUGCUGAUGCCUGUUUGUUAUAAUAAAUAAUCAUUUCUUCGAUCAUAUAAUUCCAAACAUGAACUGGUUUUUACCGGAAAAUGACUUUCUUGUAUUGUAUGUAAUAUAAAUAUGAAUACAGUAUAUAUCAUUUGUAAUGGACAUUUAAAAUUUUGACAUGAAUUCCACUCUGAACUAAAAGUUUCAUCCAGAAAAAAGCAAUAUCCUGUUUUAUUAAAUAUGAGCGACAGACCAUAACGAGUAAUAUCGGAUAAUGUCCUCUCUGCCAUCAUCUCUGCUGUGAACAGUUCACAUUUAAAGCUUCUGUAAUAUUUUUAUUGCUCUCGUGCGAAAUGAGAUUUUUACACAUUUCUAUCAAUGUUAAAAACAAUAAUUAUGUAACUUUGAGAUGAUUUAUUUGUAGAAGAACUUCGGUGCAUCACGAGAUUUGAAUGCAUUUGUUUCUGUCAUUGGUGAUGAUUAAAAAAAUGGAUGAUUUCAUUGUAUAAAGAGUAAGCGAUUUCUAUAUUGUAAUAAAUGCGUCAUCACAACAUGA